AUGACCUUGGAGGUCCCUUCCGGCUCUACAUCCCUGCGUUUCUCUUGCCUCUCCGCAGACAGCAAGGCCAUCGUCGAUGGGAACCUGAAGCUCAUCCUGGGCUUGAUCUGGACCCUGAUCCUGCACUACUCCAUCUCGAUGCCCAUGUGGGAGGACGAAGACGAGGAGGACGCCAAGAAGCAGACGCCCAAACAGCGGCUCCUGGGCUGGAUCCAGAACAAGGUCCCUCAGCUGCCCAUCACCAACUUCAACCGGGACUGGCAAGAUGGCAAGGCCUUGGGUGCCUUGGUGGACAACUGUGCUCCAGGCCUGUGCCCGGACUGGGAGACCUGGGACCCCAACCAGCCGGUGGAGAAUGCCCGGGAAGCGAUGCAGCAAGCCGACGAUUGGCUGGGGGUGCCUCAGGUGAUCGCCCCCGAAGAGAUCGUCGACCCCAAUGUGGAUGAGCACUCCGUCAUGACCUACCUGUCCCAGUUCCCCAAAGCCAAGCUGAAGCCCGGAGCCCCGCUGCGCUCAAAGCUGCUGAACCCCUGUGCCCAGCUAACCCUCGGGACCCUUCCCACAGGCAUCGAGCCGCACGGCAACACAGUGCUGAAGCCAGCCCAUUUCACAGUGGAAACCAUCGAGGCCGGCUUGGGCGAAGUGCUGGUCUACAUCGAAGACCCGGAGGGACACACCGAAGAGGCCAAAGUGGUGGCGAACAAUGACAAGAAUCGGACGUAUUCUGUCUCCUACAUCCCGAAGGUGGCCGGCCUCCAUAAGGUCACCGUGCUCUUUGCUGGGCAGAAUAUCGACAAGAGCCCCUUCGAGGUCAACGUGGGCAUGGCGCUGGGUGAUGCCAACAAGGUGACGGCCCGAGGCCCAGGACUGGAACCUGUGGGCAACGUAGCCAACAAGCCCACCUAUUUUGACAUCUACACGGCAGGUGCGGGGACUGGCGAUGUGGGUGUGGUCAUCGUGGACCCCCAGGGUCGCCGCGACACUGUGGAGGUGGUCUUGGAGGACAAAGGGGACAGCAUCUUCCGGUGCACCUACCGGCCUGUCCUGGAGGGUCCCCACACCAUCUAUGUCACCUUCGCUGGAGCUCAGAUCCCGAAAAGCCCUUUUACAGUCAACGUGGCGGAAGCUUGCAACCCAAAUGCCUGCCGGGCCAUGGGGCGGGGUCUGCAGCCGAAGGGGGUGCGGGUGAAGGAAGUGGCCGAUUUCAAGGUCUACACGAAAGGAGCUGGCACCGGGGAGCUGAAAGUCACGGUCAAGGGGCCAAAAGGCACCGAGGAGCCAGUGAAGGUUCGGGAUGUUGGCGAUGGGGUGUACGAGUGUGACUAUUACCCCGUCGUGGCCGGGAAGUACGUGGUGUCCAUCACAUGGGGGGGCUACGCUAUCCCGAGGAGCCCCUUCGAGGUGCAAGUGGGGCCGGAGGCUGGCCUCCAGAAGGUCAGGGCCUGGGGACCCGGCUUGGAGACCGGUAUGGUGGGAAAGUCCGCGGACUUUAUCGUGGAGGCGAUCGGCACGGAAGUGGGCACACUGGGUUUCUCCAUCGAGGGCCCCUCCCAGGCCAAGAUCGAGUGCGACGAUAAGGGCGACGGCUCUUGCGACGUCCGCUACUGGCCCACGGAGCCGGGCGAGUACGCCGUCCACGUCAUCUGCGACGACGAGGACAUCAAGGACAGCCCCUUCAUCGCCCACAUCCUGCCCGCCACCAACGAGUACUUCCCCGAGAAGGUGAAAGCGUUUGGCCCCGGCCUGGAGCCCGUCGGCUGCAUAGUGAACAAGCCCGCGGAGUUCACCAUCGACGCCAGAGGGGCGGGGAAAGCCGAGCUCAAGAUCUACGCCCAGGAUGCAGAAGGCGUUCCCAUUAACAUCAAGGUCAAAGACAACGGUGACCACACCUUCUCUUGCGUCUACGUCCCCACCAAGCCCAUCAAACACACCAUCAUCAUCAGCUGGGGGGGCGUCAACAUCCCCAAGAGCCCUUUCCGGGUGAGUGUUGGCGAAGGAAGCCAUCCCGACAAAGUCAAGGUGUACGGCCCCGGAGUUGAGAAGACGGGGCUGAAAGCCAGCGAGCCGACCUAUUUCACGGUCGACUGCAGCGAGGCCGGGCAAGGAGACGUGAGCAUUGGCAUCAAGUGCGCGCCAGGCGUGGUGGGGCCGCUGGAGGCAGACAUCGAUUUUGACAUCAUCAAAAACGACAACGACACCUUCACCGUCAAGUACACCCCGCCGGGCCCAGGGCGCUACACCAUCAUGGUGCUCUUUGCUAACCAGGAAAUCCCCAUCAGCCCUUUCCACAUCAAGGUGGACCCCUCCCACGACGCCAGCAAGGUGAAAGCCGAAGGGCCCGGACUCAGCCGGACAGGUGUGGAAGUCGGGAAGCCCACCCACUUCACGGUCUUUACAAAAGGGGCCGGCAAAGCCAAGCUGGACGUGCACUUCGCGGGGGCCACCAAGGGCGAAGUCGUGCGAGACUUCGAGAUCAUCGACAACCACGAUUAUUCCUACACCGUCAAGUACACAGCCGUGCAGCAGGGCAACAUGGCGGUGACCGUCACUUACGGCGGAGACCCCAUCCCGAAGAGCCCCUUCCCGGUGACCGUGGCUCCGCCCCUCGAUCUCAGCAAGGUCAAAGUGCAAGGAUUGAACAGCAAGGUGGACGUGGGCCGUGACCAGGAGUUUGCCGUCAACACGAAGGGGGCUGGUGGGCAAGGCCAGGUGGACGUGAAGAUCAGCUCCCCCUCCCGGCGUCCGAUCCCCUGCAAAGUGGAGACGGGCACCACCAAUGACAUCCACUCCGUCAAGUACAUGCCACCCGAAGAGGGGCCUUACAAGGUGGACAUCACCUACGAUGGGCACCCCGUGCCAGGCAGCCCAUUCUCAGUUGAGGCUGUCAUGCCCCCAGACCCAUCCAAGGUGUGUGCCUACGGGCCAGGGCUGAAGGGUGGCUUUGUCGGCAAGCCCGCCCCUUUCACCAUCGACACCAAAGGGGCCGGCACCGGCGGGCUGGGCCUGACCGUGGAGGGCCCCUGCGAAGCCAAGAUCGAGUGCCAAGACAACGGUGACGGCUCGUGCUCCGUUUCGUACCUCCCCACGGAGCCCGGCGAAUAUGCCAUCAACAUCCUCUUUGCCGACGCCCACAUCCCCGGAUCGCCCUUCAAAGCCGACAUCAAGCCCGUCUUCGACCCCUCCAAGGUCACGGCCAGCGGGCCCGGCUUGGAGCACGGCAAGGUGGGCGAGACGGCCACCUUCAUGGUCGACUGCUCGAAAGCGGGCGACGCCGAGCUGACCAUUGAGAUCAUCUCCGACUCGGGGGUCAAGGCGGAGGUACUGAUCCAGAACAACAGCGACGGGACCUACAGCAUCACCUACACCCCCUCCUUCCCGGGCACCUAUACCAUCACCAUUAAAUAUGGCGGGCAUGCUGUGCCCAAGUUCCCUGCCCGCGUCAAUGUUGACCCCGCCGUGGACACCAGCAACGUCAAGGUCUUCGGACCAGGGGUGGAACCCCGAGGUGUCUUACGAGAAGUCACCACCGAGUUCACCGUGGACGCCCGUUCGCUCACCAAGACCGGUGGCAGCCACGUCAAGGUGCGCGUCAUCAACCCCUCAGGCGCCAAGACGGACACCUAUAUCACGGACAACGGAGAUGGCACCUACCGUGUCCAAUACACCCCCUACGAGGAUGGUAAGACCCCGGGUGCUGGAACGGGCGGUCUCGGCUUGGCCAUCGAGGGCCCGUCGGAGGCCAAGAUGUCUUGCAAGGACAACAAAGAUGGGAGCUGCAGCGUGGAGUACAUCCCGUUCACACCGGGCGACUACGAUGUCAACAUCACCUUUGGGGGGCGCCCCAUCCCUGAGUGCCCGCACCCAGGGCCUGUGAUUUGUUCAGCUGUGCCUGUCUGUCUUGCGUCAAGCUCACCCCAGGCCACUGUGUUGGGGGCUGAACACAAAUACGUGCCCUGGCGGACGUCCGGCCUCCCGUUCAAGAUCAAGGUCCUCCCGGCCCACGACGCCAGCAAAGUGCGAGCCAGCGGUCCGGGCCUCAAUGCCUCCGGCAUUACUGCCAGCCUUCCUGUGGAGUUCACCAUCGAUGCCCGGGAUGCGGGUGAGGGUCUCCUCACGGUACAGAUCCUGGACCCCGAGGGUAAGCCGAAAAAGGCCAACAUUCGGGACAACGGAGAUGGGACCUACACAGUCUCUUACUUGCCGGACAUGACUGGACGCUAUACCAUCACCAUCAAAUACGGCGGUGACGAGAUCCCCUAUUCGCCCUUCCGUAUCCACGCCCUCCCUGCCGGGGAUGCCAGCAAGUGCCUGGUCACAGUGUCCAUAGGAGGCCACGGAUUGGGGACCUGCCUGGGCCCCACCAUCCAGAUUGGGGAGGAGACGGUGAUCACCGUGGACGCCAAGGCGGCGGGGAAAGGGAAGGUGACCUGCAAGGUGUCCACGCCGGACGGGGCGGAGCUCGACGUCGACGUGGUGGAGAACCACGACGGCACCUUCGACAUCUACUACACGGCCCCCGAGCCCGGCAAAUACGUCAUCACCAUCCGCUUCGGGGGCGAGCAGAUCCCCAACAGCCCCUUCCACGUGGUGGCCUGUGACGCCGCCCCCCACGUCGAGGAGCCCUGCAACAGCGUCCAACUCCAGCAGCCUUUCCCGGCUCACCAUGCCGGUGCUGGCUACCCCACACACUGGGCCACGGACGAGCCCGUCGCCCCUCCGGAGAGCGUGGAUUCCAUGCUGCGGCCCUUCAACCUGGUCAUCCCCUUCACCGUGCAGAAGGGGGAGAUCACAGGUGAAGUACGAAUGCCCUCAGGCAAGACUGCGCGUCCCCACAUCACCGAUAACAAGGAUGGCACCGUGACGGUGAAAUAUGCCCCCGUGGAGAAGGGCCUGCAUGAGAUGGACAUCAAGUAUGAUGGCAACCACAUCCCAGGGAGUCCACUUUUGAAAUACCAUCUCCUGGCAGUGUGGUAUUUUGUUCUUCCUUCCCCUUUGUAUCCUUUUAUUGUUGAGGUGUGUGAAAUCUCAAGAGGCCUGUCCCUCGCCGUGGAGGGCCCCUCCAAGGCCGAGAUCACCUGCAAAGACAACAAAGACGGAACCUGCACUGUCUCCUACCUGCCCACGGCACCCGGCGACUACAACAUCAUCGUCCGCUUUGACGACAAGCAUAUCCCCGGCAGCCCUUUCACGGCCAAGAUCACAGGAGACGAUUCCAUGCGGACCUCCCAGCUGAACGUGGGCACCUCCACCGACGUGUCGCUGAAGAUCACGGAGAGUGACCUGAGCUUGCUGACGGCCAGCAUCCGGGCGCCGUCCGGGAACGAGGAGCCGUGUCUGCUCAAGCGCCUGCCCAACCGGCAUAUCGGGAUCUCGUUCACCCCCAAGGAGGUGGGUGAGCACAUCGUGAGCGUGAAGAAGAGCAGCAAACACGUCACCAACAGCCCCUUCAAGAUCAUGGUGGGCCAGUCGGAGAUCGGAGACGCCAGCAAGGUGAAAGUGUCGGGCAAGGGACUGGUGGAAGGCCGCACCUUCGAGGUGUCCGAAUUCAUCGUCGAUACGCGCACUGCUGGUUACGGCGGUCUGGGCCUCUCCAUCGAAGGACCCAGCAAGGUGGACAUAAACUGCGAGGACAUGGAAGACGGGACCUGCAAAGUCACCUACUGCCCCACCGAGCCCGGGAACUACAUCAUCAACAUCAAGUUUGCCGACAAACACGUGCCAGGGAGUCCUUUCACUGUGAAGAUGACGGGCGAGGGGCGCAUGAAGGAGAGCAUCACCCGCCGGCGCCAGGCCCCCUCCAUCGCCACCAUCGGCAGCACCUGCGACCUCAACCUCAAGAUUCCAGGGAACUGGUUCCAGAUGGUGUCGGCUCAAGAGCGGCUGACGCGCACCUUCACGCGCAGCAGCCACACCUACACGCGCACCGAGCGGACGGAGAUCAGCAAGACGCGCGGCGGCGAGACCAAGCGCGAGGUACGGGUGGAGGAGUCCACGCAAGUGGGCGGGGACCCCUUCCACAACGUCUUCGGCGACUUCCUCGGCCGCGAGAGCCUCGGCUCCUUUGGCAGCACCAUCGCCCGGACCCAGGAGGGUGAGGCGGGCUUACAGGCCAUGACCGCCCAGGUGACCAGCCCCUCGGGAAAGAUGGCAGAGGCAGAAAUCAUCGAGGGAGAGGACAGCGCCUACUCCGUCCGCUUCGUGCCCCAAGAAAUGGGCCCCCAUACCGUGGCCGUCAAGUACCGUGGCCAGCACGUGCCGGGCAGUCCCUUCCAAUUCACAGUGGGGCCGCUGGGAGAAGGGGGCGCCCACAAGGUGCGGGCGGGAGGCACCGGCUUGGAGAGGGGCGUCGCUGGAGUGCCAGCCGAGUUCAGCAUCUGGACCCGGGAGGCGGGCGCUGGCGGCCUGUCCAUCGCGGUCGAGGGCCCCAGCAAGGCGGAGAUCGCCUUUGAGGACAGGAAAGACGGCUCCUGCGGCGUCUCCUACAUUGUCCAAGAAGCAGGUGACUACGAGGUAUCUAUCAAAUUCAACGAUGAGCACAUCCCCGACAGUCCCUUUGUGGUCCCGGUGGCUUCACUCUCGGACGACGCUCACCGCCUGACCGUCACAAGCCUCCAGGAGACCGGCUUGAAGGUGAACCAGCCGGCUUCCUUUGCCGUGCAGCUGAACGGGGCACGUGGCGUGAUCGACGCGAAGGUGCACACGCCGUCAGGGCUGGUGGAGGAGUGCUACGUCUCGGAGCUGGACAGUGACAAGUACGCCAUCCGCUUCAUCCCCCAUGAGAACGGCGUCCACUCCAUCGACGUCAGGUUCAACGGCAGACACAUCCCAGGCAGCCCGUUCAAGAUCCGUGUCGGGGAGCAGAGCCAGGCAGGCGACCCGGGUCUCGUCACGGCCUACGGCCCAGGGCUGGAGGGCGGAACCACAGGCGUCUCCUCGGAGUUCUUCGUCAAGACGCGGAACGCCGGAUCAGGCGCCCUCUCGGUCACCAUCGACGGGCCCUCCAAGGUGCAGAUGGACUGCCAGGAGUGCCCCGAGGGCCACAAGGUCACCUACAUGCCCAUGGCCCCAGGCAACUACCUCAUCUCCAUUAAGUAUGGGGGGCCCCAGCACGUCGUGGGCAGCCCCUUCAAGGCCAAGGUCACAGGUCCUCGCCUGUCCGGCGGGCACAGCCUCCACGAGACAUCAACUGUGCUAGUGGAGACGGUCACCAAGGCCUCGUCUUCCGUGGGCAGCAGCUACAGCGCCCUGCCCAAGUUCUCCUCGGACGCCAGCAAGGUGGUGGCCAGAGGGCCCGGACUCACCAAGGCCUUUGUGGGCCAGAAAAACACCUUCACGGUGGACUGUAGCAAAGCAGGCACCAACAUGCUAAUGGUGGGCGUCCACGGUCCCAAGACUCCCUGCGAGGAGGUUUACGUGAAGCACAUGGGCAACCGCGUCUACAACGUCACCUACACCGUCAAGGAGAAAGGCGACUACAUCCUCAUAGUCAAGUGGGGGGACGAGAGCGUCCCCGGGAGCCCCUACCAAGUCAACGUGCCCUAGGGGGGGUGUCUGCGGAGGUCAUCCCCCUUCGGCCCCGCCCUGCACCUCCGUACCUAGGACCGAUAUUGACGGACUGCCUGUGUUGCCCCAGGGCGGGGCGAGUGUGAAAAAGAACCUUGGGACAACGGGGUUGGGGGUGGGGUUUUUUUUUGCCUGUUUGGACUUUGCCUUUUAAUGAUGUCUCCCGGCUAAGGGAUUGGGAGGGGGGAGGGGAGGCGGACGGGUACCUUUGUGGCCAGUUGGGGCUGGGGUCACAGUGAGGCCCAGGUAGAGAGAACGGAACGGGGCUGAAACCAGAUCUCGGGAGGAAGUGAUGACGUGGGACAGGAAGUGGUGGACAGGAAGUGUGCCACGUGGCGCCCUCUAGCGGCGGAACUGAGGAUGACGCGGGGAGCCCUGGGCGGUUCGUCGGCCCAGGAUGCUUUCGUUCUGACGGGAGUCCAGCUGCAACGCCACCCCCAGUGAACGGGGGCCGAGGCAGGGUGCAACUGAGCACAGUUUGGCGCGGUCUCGUCCCUCCAGCGGCGCUGAUUCCUCAGUCUUACCGCAUCGGGUUGGCUUUGAGGAAGGAUAAUUCCACUGAAGGAGAGAAGGAUUUGGAGCAGGGAGAGACGAGGACGGAGAGGAGCGCAGAGUCCGGAGACUUCUGCAGGGACCAGGUGUAUCGGUGAUGUGAGGGGUCUUCCGUACCCCGUGAACUUGUAGGACCCCGACAACUGUACGGGGGGCGAGGAGCAAGCAAAACGCCGCCGUCGAGUGAAUUGUUCCCAGGAAGCAACGGCUGAGCGUGCGAACUCAAAGGGCCAGAUCGCCCGAGAAGGCCUCCAACCCACGUCCCACAGAAAGCCCCACAGGAGCUGGGCCAAGAGUUACAUUUGACGAAUGCGACGUGGGGCCGAUACGUGGCUUCUCCCCCCCCCC